CAAUCCAACACGACACCGUUUUUCUGAGGAACAAAAACCCUUGCAAACAAGAUUCUCAUUCGCCGCCCUAAUUUCGUUAUGUUGGAGGGAAGUGUCUCAAUCCGAUUGAUCUUAAUUUCUUGUUCUAAAUUUCUUUUCUUUCAAGAAAUCGAUGCAGAGUCCUAGUCACUCUACCUAAACAUGUUUAAUUCCCAUAUAUAUGCCUUUCUGUUAGUAAGGGAAGCCCAAUUUUUCAUUGAGGCAUUUUAUCAAGCAGCUCCAGCGCCUUCCACAAUCCACCCGUAAAUCCGUAAUGCAUGCAGCUUCCUGCGCAUUGGCUUGUGUAGAUUUAUCUGUUUUGAAAGGGUGAAGAUGCUGCGAGUGAAUUCUUUUGCUUCUUCACUCUCUUCGUGCGCGAAAAUUCCGUCGCUUUUAAUUCACCGCUAUGGUUAUCGCCCAGGCUUUGGCCCGCUACUUCCCUUCUUACUUGUUUCGCAAAACCGGUAGGGUCAGUAGUAUUCGUGUCAGUUACUUACAAAUAACACAAGAACCCAUCUUUGUACCGCCGCUGCUACUAUGAAAUCACCCGCUAAUGAAAACCAUAAGACUGAGCUUUCCGGCUAAGCCAAAAGGAGGAGAGAGCGAGACUUGCCAGAAAACGUGCUCAAAGGUAAGUUAUCUAGGUGCUCUAAGGAAGGUAAUCUCGUGGAAGCGCUUUCCUUGUAUGAUGAGGCGAGGAGUAAUGGAGUUCCGCUUAGCCAGCACCGUUACAAUAUAUUGCUUUAUUUGUGUUCGUUUGCACUGAUGUGGCAAGGCAAGGGUGAAAAAAAACAGAUUAAAGAAGGACUAACCGAGUUGGCCGUUGUACUUAACGAUUAAUAAACAGUGUCGUAUGUU